CGACGGCUCUCAGGUUGGGACAAUAUUAUCUGGAAGCUGAAGAAGAAACCGAACGCUCCCUUUUCCCUCCCUCCCCACCCAUUUGAAUCCGGAGAAAGAAAAAAAAUAACCCAAGUUCUGCAAAGCAAAUCUCCGUAGACCGGCUGUUGGGGGAAAAAAGUGUUAGCCGCCUCUCCCGGAUCUGCAAGGGGGAAAAUUUUUGGAACCAUAAAGUUGAAAACUUUUUUCUCUCAGUUUGGAAGAAGGCUUUCGUCAUGAAUGGGACCAGGAGAGCUCAGGCGCUCAGGCGAGAGCAGGCAAGAGGCACAGAAGGAGGGGAGAUUUCUCGCCUGCCGCUCGCGCUGAGGCUCGAUGUGAAUAUAUAUUAUGUCUGCCUGUUCUCCCCUCGUCGGUGGCUAAGGUCAGCCGCUUGGAACAGACCCGGGAGGAGGGGGGCAGAAAGGGGAGGGGGGUCCGGCGUAUCACGUGACCCCCAGGGGUGCCAAUGUCCGGUCGUGAGGGUAUCAGGCCCUUGCAAGUUGCCACCCACUGCCCGGGCCUCGCCCAGCGAUGCAGAAAGCCACCUACUACGACAACACCGCAGCUGCGCUCUUCGGAGGCUACUCCUCGUACCCUGGCAGCAAUGGUUUCGGCUACGACGGGCCUCCCCAGCCCCCCUUUCAGGCCGCUACGCACCUGGAGGGUGACUACCAGCGCUCAGCGUGUUCCUUGCAGUCCCUGGGCAAUGCCGCUCCACAUGCCAAGAGCAAGGAGCUCAACGGCAGCUGCAUGAGGCCCGGCCUGGCCCCAGAGCCCCUGCCCGCCCCACCGGGCUCACCCCCACCCAGCGCCGCACCUACCAGUACCACUAGCAACAGCAAUAAUGGGGGCGGACCCAGCAAAAGUGGCCCCCCCAAGUGCGGUCCCGGCUCCAACUCUACCCUCACCAAACAGAUAUUCCCCUGGAUGAAAGAGUCAAGGCAAACGUCCAAGCUGAAAACCAGCUCCCCCGGCACAGGGGGGUGUUGAGGAGGAGGCGGGGACGCGAAGGGGGAGGGUGGCGCAGGGGGUUGUGGUGGCGGCGGCAGCGGCGGCAGCGGCGGCAGGGGGGAGGCCCCCCGGCGCGGCGGCGCCGCGUGGAGAGGAGUCUGUCGACCGCGGCCGCGCCGCGUGGAGAUGGCCAAUCUGCUGAACCUCAGCGAGCGCCAGAUCAAGAUCUGGUUCCAGAACCGCCGCAUGAAAUACAAGAAAGACCAGAAGGCCAAAGGGCUGGCCUCGUCGUCCGGGGGUCCCUCUCCGGCCGGCAGCCCCCCGCAGCCCAUGCAGUCCACGGCCGGCUUCAUGCUGGCCUUACACUCCAUGACCCCCAGCUAUGACAGCCCGUCCCCGCCAGCCUUCGGCAAAGGCCACCAGAAUGCCUACGCGCUGCCCUCCAACUACCAGACCCCUCUCAAGGGUUGCGGCGCCCCACAGAAGUACCCCCCGACCCCGGCGCCCGAGUAUGAGCCCCACGUCCUCCAAGCCAACGGGGGCGCCUACGGGACGCCCACCAUGCAGGGCAGUCCGGUGUACGUGGGCGGGGGUGGCUACGCGGAUCCGCUGCCGCCCCCUGCUGGCCCCUCCCUCUACGGCCUCAAUCACCUUUCUCACCACCCCUCGGGGAACCUGGACUACAACGGGGCGCCCCCUAUGGCCCCCAGCCAGCAUCACGGACCCUGUGAGCCUCACCCCACCUACACAGACCUCUCCUCUCACCACGCACCGCCUCAGGGUAGAAUCCAAGAAGCACCCAAAUUGACACACCUGUGAGGGGAGGGGAGGGUUGAGGGUGGGGGUGUGGAGAUCAAGGGCCAAGGAGGUGGUGGAGCUGGUGGUGGGGGCAAGUUUGGAGGCCUGGAAGAGGUGUGUGUUAGGGUUGUUGCAGGCUUCCGGAAACAAGGCAGGCCUGGGGCGCCUUCCCCUGUCCCUGGCCUGAAGGGCUGUCCCUACAAGACUGGUUCCAUCUGCCUGCCCAUACCCUUGGAAAGGAAUUCGCAGGAGGCUGGAGGUGACCACAUCAAUCCCAGGGCUCCAGCACGACCAAGACUGGAAAGGGAGUCAGAUAGAGGGAACCAAGAUGGGCAAGCAGGGCAGAGAAGCACAUUUAAAAAUUAAGGCUUGGCUUUCAUCAACCAACCAACUUACCUUCCAUCUCUGUGGAACUCCCCCCCAGAUCUUGAUUUUUGGUUUUUUUGGUGUUCCCUUUCAUUCUCCUUAUGAAAAAUAAGAAAACACAUUUAAAUCUAAGGGCACAAAGUGUUUCCCUCCCACCCCCCUGAAGCCUCAAUUUGCCCCUAUCUGUCUGAGGCUUCCAGCCAUGCCCCAUUUCUAGCCCCAUGAUUUUUUGCUCUAGGGUCAUAUCCAUACCCCACUCCUAUUGCUUACAAGUUCUAGAGGGCUCAGGGAUGGUGAGAGAUCCUGAAAGUCAGAGCCGCCUAUAAUAGAAAUAUAUAUAUAUAUUUUUCUUUUAAGGAAAAGUUAAGAGGCUAAGGCAGGCAAGUUGUCAGGACUGGAGGUUUGCUCACUCUGCAACCUCUCAGCUUCCACCCCAUCCUACUCUCUCUCCAUGGAAAGCAAUCCACAUGAAGCUCUCCUCUUUCCUUUUUCUUCUGUUACUCUCUUGACUUAACGUGAAAACAGGGUAUAUUUGAACAAACUGUCUGUCUGAGGCAGGGGCUGCAGCUGGGCCUGUGUACCUUGCUCCAGUCCCUGACAGGGCACUCUUGUUGCACUUGGAGUUUACAUUUUAAUGGAUAUUAAAAAAAAAAAAAAAACAACUGUGAGAGAUGCCUGGGCCUGCAGAAGUCCAGCUUCGCUCAAAAAGUGUGUGUUCUAGUGAACAUUUUCAUAUAUAUUUAUUGGUUAUAGCCUGUUAAAAUAUUUUCUUUUUUGUAUUAUUUAUCCCCCUUACAUUAUGUAUUUAUAUGAUGAACAAAAAGGAAAAAAAUGUACUUUUUUAGUAUUUACUUGUUAUAAAGGAUGUUGUUUCCUGUCAUGUAAAACCAGCUAUUUUAGUUUUUGUUGUAUUCUAGACAAGAGCUGUAGAUUUAUGUUAAACUCGUACUUAUGAGCAAUUGUAAUUAGUUCUAAAAGGCAUGAACUCAGCUCCUAAUGGUCACUGUAUAGUCCUGAAUUUGUAGAGUUAGAGUUAAUUCUCUCUUGGAACUUUCUUUGUUCUUCUGUAGUUACUUUUUUUCCUUAGUUAAAAGGGUUGUCUGUCAAAACAAUUCUUGAAUAAACUUUCUGUUAUCAAUUUUA